AUGGACGCCUUCCUGGGAUUCGAGUGGUGGCCUCAAGGAUGUGGUCAGCAGGGUGGCAACGAGUCAGGUCAAGAAUCACUGAGCUAUAUUACCUUGGGCCCAUGGGACCAAGGUAUUCUUGGCCUGGUGAGUUGGUUUAUUGGCCCAGGGCUUUUGGACAGCAGCUCUACAGGGCACUACCCGGGGAGCUUUCCCUCCGGUGACAGCCUGGGGAGCUUCCUCUUUGGUGACCGCCUGGGGAGUGUCCCUCUCGGCGAUGGCCUGGUGAGCGUCCCAUUCGGCGACCUUCUGGGGAGCGUCCCCUUCGGUGACCGCCUGGGGAGCGUCCCCUUCGGUGACCGCCUGGGAAGCGUCCCCUUCGGUGACCUCCUGGGGAGCGUCCCCCUCGGCGAUGGCCUGGGGGGCGUCCCCUUCGGUGACCACCUGGGGAGAUUCCCCCUCGGCGAUAGCCGGGGGGGCGUCCCCUUCGGUGACUUCCUGGGGAGCAUCCCCUUCGGUGACCGCCUUGGGAACGUACUCUUCGGCGACCACCUGGGGAACGUCCUUUUCGGCGACCACCUGGGGAGCAUCCUCUUCGGCUACCGCCUGGGGGACGUCCCCUUCGGCGACGGCCUGAGAGGCGUCUCCUUCGGCGACGGCCUGGGAGGCGUCUCCUUCGGCGACGGCCUGGAGGGCGUCCCGUUCGGCGACCUGUGGGGCUUCCCCUUCGGCGACGGCCUGGGAAGCGUCCCCUUCGGCGACGGCCUGGGGAGCGUCCUAUUCGGCGACGGCCUGGAGAGCGUCCCCUUCGGCGACGGCCUGGGGAGCGUCCCCUUCGGCGACGGCCUGGGGAGCGUCCCCUUCGGCGACGGCCUGGGGAGCGUCCCCUUUGGCGACGGCCUGGGAAGCGUCCCCUUCGGCGACGGCCUGGGGAGCGUCCCAUUCGGCGACGGCCUGGAGAGCGUCCCCUUCGGCGACGGCCUGGGGAGCGUCCCAUUCGGCGACGGCCUGGAGAGCGUCCCCUUCGGCGACGGCCUGGGGAGCGUCCCCUUGGGCGACGGCCUGGGUAGCGUCCCCUUCAGCGACGGCCUGGGGAGCGUCCUCUUCGGCGACAGCCUGAGGAGCGUCCUCUUCGGCGACGGCCUGGAGAGCGUCCUCUUCGGCGACGGCCUGGGGAGCGUCCUCUUCGGCGACGGCCUGGGGAGAGUCACCUUCGGCGACGGCCUGGGGAGCGUCCUCUUCGGCGACGGCCUGGGGAACGUCCCCUUCGGCGACGAGCUGGGGAGUGUCCUCUUCGGCGACGGCCUGGGGAGCAUCCCCUUCGGCGACCACCUGGGAAGCGUCCCUUUCGGCGACCGCGUGGGGAGCGUCCCCUUUGGUGACCACCAUGGGAGCGUCAUCUACAUGGGGGCAGGGGGCCAGGCGCUUGGCGAUACUCGCCAGCGAGUUAGCACAAAAAUUGUGUAA